AUGGUCCAAUAUCCAUUUCCGAUACCGGAUGGGUCGCCAUUCCCUAUAUUGAACAUUCCCUUCGGCGUCUUUCACACUGUGGAUAAUUCUGAUCCGCGGCCAGGUACUGCCGUUGGUGAUCAUGUUUUAGACCUUAGAAUCCUCAUCCAGAACGGACUGCCUGUAGAUGAGUCUGUGAAUGAAGCACUGGCAUCGUCCACACUGAAUGACUUUGCUACGCUGGCGAUUGAUGUACGCAACUCCCUCCGGAAGUCUAUUCAAGAAGCCUUGCGAGAUGAGUCCUCUAUCGUGUACCGAGAGGAUGUCGGCAUCAUCGCAGCCGACCAAGUCACCAUGCAUGUCCCAAUGAAAAUUGGCGGCUUUACGGACUUUAUGUGCUCACUGGAACACGUCCAAACUAUGGGCCGUAUGGCAGGAUACAAUGAAGUCCCUCAAAACUUCUUCGAUCUACCAGCAGCAUACAACGGCAGAGCAUCAUCCGUCAUUGCCAGUGGCCAGAACGUCACCAGACCUCAUGGUAUCAUUCCCGGACCUAAUGGUGCAACGUAUGCUCCCAGCCAGAAGUUCGAUUUUGAGCUCGAAAUGGGCGUUUUCAUCUCUAACCCUAUCAAAUAUGGUGAACCGACUCCCGCGUCUAGAGCUCGUGACCAUGUUUUUGGGUUCGUUCUUCUGAAUGACUGGAGUGCGAGAGAUAUCCAAUUCUAUGAGAUGGCUCCAUUGGGGCCAUUUAAUGGAAAAGCUACAGCGACGAGUAUUUCGCCUUGGAUCGUGACAGUUGAGGCGUUGGAGGAGGCUGGUGCACUACUAACUACCGAAGAUCUGGGUCUGAGAGGAGGAAAGAACACGACCAUUCCGUUUCUUCGAUGUCAAGACGAUGUCGCAGUAAGGGUUUCUACAUCAUUGUCCCGGAACGGAGUGACCGAAGACCUGCUCGGAAAGUCCGAUCUUAAGCACCUCCACUGGUCUCCAUUUCAGAUGACACGGGUGACUUACUCGGCACUGGUACCCUCUCUUCUAGCACCGACCAGAUCAAAGACUUUGGAAGUGAUCAUGACGCGAUUCGUAGGUCAGGUUGUUUGGCGGAGCUCGUCCUAGGUGGCACUAGGCCUUUCACUCUAUCUGAUGGGUCUGAAUUGGUUUGGUUGGAAGACGGCGAUACUGUUACUAUGGAAGGAUGGGCUGGCGCGGGAGAUCGUGU